CCACCAACGCGUUUCUCAAUCGCACGAGAUACGAUGUCGAAGACGAGGAAGAAACAAUGCCUGCUGGAACAAUGCGUAGCAGAGCCUCGUAGCAGAGCUUUGCUCGUCGCUUCGAAAUGCGACUGAUGCUGCGAUGCGGAGGUACACGAAAUCGGGUGAUCGCGCGACAAACGGGAAGGAUACCGCCGCAGCAGCCUAAUUAAAAUUUUGAAAAACUCUCUGAUCGAGCACUGCCAUUGUCACGUGAUCCCAUCCAAUACUUACGUCACUUUUCGCGUGAAGUUUAAAAUUUUUCGCGACCCCGUUGUCACGUUGUCCGCUGUGACCGGACUGAAAAAACAAUUCGGCAAACACAACACCCGAGGCAAAAUGGGAAAAACGAGAGGAGUGCACGAAACAACGCCGGAAUUGAGAAAUCGAAUGGUGGGAAUGUACGAAGCUGGCCUGGGCCUGCGAGAGAUCGCAGCCGCUGUGAAUUGCUCGCAACGCACAGUAAAGAGAUGGUUAAACAGAUUCGACAAGGAAGGUACGGUAGAAACUCGGGAACGAUGCGGACGUAAGAGGGCCACGACGGCGGAACAAGAUGAGGCAAUUGUACGACUAGCCACCCAGACACCGAUAACAGCGGCAAAAGCUGUACUUCCGGCUUUGGGGCUUACCUGCUCUGUCGACACUAUACGCGAAAGACUGCACAAAGCUGGAAUUCACAAUUGGAGCCCCUCGCGAAAGUACAUGCAGAGAAUCCCACUUGGCGAAACAGAUGGUGUUGCUAUACAGCAACCUGUAUGGAGACCUACUGGAACGCAAUUAGGGAAAAAAAAGUCUUCCAAAGAAUCGAGUAGGAAUGAAAAGAACGCUGCUGUAACUAAAAAGAGAAAUUCAUUGAGGAAAAUCAGAGCCAAAGAUGUGUAUGUUGGAGAUGGUGCACCGAUAGAGAGUGUAAAGUCUUCUAAUCAACAGCAGGGGUUUAUGUAUCAGCAACAGAAUCAUUCGCAGUCCCAAGUUAAUGAGAUACAAACGCCACCUCAACCCUCCUUGCAUCCCCAAACAGAAUUUGGCGAUACCCUCAGUUUAACUCAGGAAACACAACCUAUUUAUCAACAUCCUGGUCUGAAUAUCUCUCAAAAUUGGCCUCUGGACCUGGUACAGGGAAGUCACCAUUAUUCACAGGGUCAACCAAAUUCAAUAUCUCACGAACAAGUAGUUUCCUCUCAACAGCUUCAAGAGUUGCACGCGCAACAAGAACAACAUCAUAUGCAACAAAUACCACAAACAAUCGCAGAUCAGACUCAUAAUCUUGAUCAACAACAACAAGGACAACUUCAAGCAGAAAUUCAACAGCAGCAGCAGCAACAGCAACAGCAGCAGCAUCGUGAUCACUUACAUUCUCAAUUAGCUGGCUCACAAACCAGCACAAAUUUAACUUCUGAUAAUUCUAAUUCUACUCGUGGUCCUCGAGAUAAUAAUCAGUCUUCUAGCAUAGAAACUAAUCAGAGUAAAGAUUCAUCGAAAGAAGCUAGUGCGAAAAAUGAAGUACACAGAAAGAAAAAAAAGGGCGGGAAAGCGAAAGGGACAUUGGAAACCAGUGUUGAAAUUCGAAAUCGUAUGAUUGGCAUGUCCGAAGCCGGUUUAUCCACAUUAUCUAUCGCACUUGCAAUCGACAGAUCGGAACGUACCGUUAAAAGAUGGUUAGAACGUUGGCAUAAAGAAGGCAACGUACAAACUAAGGAAAGAAAGGGUCGUCGACGAAUCACUACUAAAGAACAAGACGAAGCCAUUGUUGCUAUGGCUACUCAGCAACCGCUAACUGCAGCUAAACACGUUGCGCCUGCCUUGGGUUUAAAAUGUAGCGUUGAUACAAUCAGGGAAAGGCUUCAUAAAGCCGGUAUACACAGUUGGAAGCUUGGGAAGAAACAGGGAGAAGGAAAUGCCGUGCAUACUGUACACCUUUGGCAACCCAGUGGCAAUCGGCCGAACAAACCAAAAUUACCGGGCGAGAAGAAGAAAAAAUCAAGCAGUAAUAGAAAACGCGAUCAGGCAUCAAACCAUACGCAGAAGCGACUAUCUACCAGGAAAAGAAAAACCGAGUCGGCUUCGGUAAAGAUGGUUUCACCACCAGCAAACGUAAUAUCGGAACAAACCACCACUUUAUCAUUCCACAAUCCUGGAACAAUGGCAAACUAUGUUUCAGGUUCUAAUAUAAUACAACCUAUUCACAAUAUUCCCGCACCUCCGCCUACAAUUGUUCAAUCUCAAUCGCAUCCGCCAACAGGGCCUCCGCCAGCACCUCAAUCGAUACAACCGAUCAGUUCUAUGAUCCAACAAAGGCCUGAUUGUCGGUUAGCACCAACAAUUGUUGCACCUGUAUCGGGCCAAGGGAAUACCGGAGUUGCCUAUCCAUCGUGUAUGAUUGGGAGUAACAGUCAUGCAGGACAUAUGGAACAACCAGAUCCUUUAAAUUAUGAACCAUACAUUUGGAGUUUCUAAUCAUCAAGUAAAAAAAAAAAAACAA